AGAAUGUCCCUUGACGCUCUGAAUGCGAGCAACGGGAUUCAGGAGCAGGAGGUGGAGGAUGUGGGAGAAACGACGUAUCUGGUUACCGCGGGUGUUUUAAUAGCGAUCGGUGUUCUCGGUGCGGUUUUAAAUAUGACUGUGAUAAUCGUCAUUCUCCGAGAUAGGCAAACUUUGUUAACGCCGGUUAACGUGGUCUUGCUGAAUUUGGUGGUGAGUGUCAAAAUACACGCGGUGUGUAUUGCUUUUACUUCUAUUAUUAUUAUCGGCGAUUUCUGCGUAUCAAUUAUCGGUACUCCGUUUCCAACCGUAUCUGCAAUCCUUGGAAGAUGGUACUGGGGCUACACGGGUUGUCUUUGGUACGCUUGGUUCAUGUCAACUUUGGGGCUGGCCAGCAUUGGAAAUCUGACCGUUUUAGCGAUAGAAAGAUGGCUGCUUGUGACGCGACCGAUGAGAGCUUUCACCAUAAGGCAAGCCUCGUACCUGGUAUCGGGGGUUUGGAUCUACACUUUGUCCUUGACGAUCCCCCCGCUCUGCGGAUGGGGAAGCUACGGACCGGAAGCCGGAAAUCUCUCCUGCAGCGUAUCCUGGGAAGUCCACGAUCCUUCGAUCGGUAGCGACACCUACAUCGCGUUUCUCUUCUUCUUCGGUCUGGUCGUCCCGGUGAUUCUGAUAUGCUGGAGCUACUUUGAGAUAAUACGAACGCUGAGGAAGGUCAGGAAGAGAGCCGGUUCCAGAGGCACAUACGAGGCGAAAGUUACGAAAAUGGUGGCUCUUAUGAUAAUAGCCUUCCUGAUAGCUUGGACACCUUACUCGAUAUCGGCCCUGCUGGCGCAGUACUUGCAGGUGACCUCAAGCCCGACAGUCGCGAUAGUUCCGGCGCUGUUGGCGAAAUCAUCGAUCUGCUAUAACCCGUUGAUAUACGCCGGGAUGAACAGCCAAUUCCGUACUGUGAUGAAAAAGUUCUUAGGAAUGUCGGAAUCGACAAGACCAGCAACGAUUAGUCAACACACAGGAGUGAGCGCCAGUAAUCGAGCGGGCAUUAAUCCCAUACAAAUUGAGAAGGAAUAAUGUUCGUCACGUUUCUUACCCAUUUUUUUUUCUUUUCUUUUUCUUUUUCUCGCUUCUAUACGCGUUACGAAGAAAAGGUCUCUCUUAGACGAGAAACACAAAAAUGAACGGCUGGACGCGUUCGUUGAAUGAAACGCGCGGCGGUCAACGGACUGCCGGCUUUAACACGGGGUUAAAAAGAAUAAGGCAAGAUUUGCACGGAGAUUAUCAUUUCUAUAAAAUGAAUAAUAUUUGUACCGUAUAAUUAGCGGCAUGGCGGGUAAUAGAAAUAAGGACGGUGUCUUGUGACAAAGAGCGACAAAGUUUCUACCAGCCUCGCGUUACGUUCUCCUCAUUUUUAUAACAUAGAGACAAAUUUCUGUUCCGACAUACGGCUGUUAGUAAAACGUCUCGGAUCAUGAGUUUCAAGCCUAUAAUAUAAUUAACCAAUUACCCAUGUACUAUAAAUUCCAUUUGUGCUUUUAUUUUUCAUUGCCUGAUAUAAGUCACUUCGGAUAAUUGAUCCUCGUCUAAUACUCUUUUUAUCCUCCUUCACGGAGCGGGAGUUUCACUCUCAGAAUACGAUAUAUGUAUAGCGCUUGAAAUUUAUCCUUCAUUUCAAUGCGUCGCUGGUGACGUGAGGCGAAUGAAUAUCGGUUGAAAAUUAGGGUCUAACUUACUGCAAUUGUUAAUUGUCGCAAUAACAUUACAUAUUUGCAAUUAAGCGGCCAUAUAAUCACAUGAGUAUAAUUAUAAUUGUGUGCGAUGAUACUAAGCCUCGAUAUAAUAUACAUACCUUAUACAUGACGUGUAUAGGUAUAUUACAUAUAACAUUUACUGCGACUGCAUGUAUUAAUCAAAUCGUCCGUUUUUGGCAUCGUCGAUAAACAAAUAUCGACACCUGGAGAAUCGACCGACCUUCGCGUGCCUCGUUUAAUUGUUCGAUCAACUUCGUCGUAUAAUAUAUAUAUACAUAUAUAUGUACAUAUUUAUUAUAAAACGAUUAUCAUGCGCAAUCCAUUACGCUAUUGCGUUCGAUAAUAAUAAAUUACACCAAUGUGUUUUCCGAAGCCACAUAUAUACGUAUAAAUAUACGUAUAAUGGGUUUAUUUUUAUCAAAGAACUAUUAGUUCCACAACUAUCUUGCACUCGUGUAGUAAUUUUAAUGCCUUCUGGCGCUGACAAAACGCGACGGGGAUUAAUUAGGGUUCUUAUCUGUUGGAAAUCGAAUAAACACAAUACAGCCGUAAGGUGGCAAAGAACAUUGGAAAAAUUGACGGUGUUGACCGCUAUGCGCAGUGAAUGUUAAAACAUUGUUUAUGCUAUUUCUUUUUUAUGCCAUAUACAUAUAUUUUACCGUAUAUAAUAGCGGGUGUUAUUCAAUUCUAAUGUAUAAUACAGAGUUUGCGGGUGGUAAAACAGAGCGCGUUUUAAUUACUGCAGUAAGCUUUGAAAUUUGCGAAUAGCAACUUCUUAUAAUCAUUGUACGCGGAAAUGCCUCUUCAUUAUUUAAUGAUUAAUCACUCCGACGAUGAGAACUUACUACAUUAUUAUGCACAUAAUGUUAUAGUCGUUUCGUCAAACAAUUUUCCUGACAAAGUUUUUCCGUUGUUGUCUGCAAUUGUAUAGCCACACCAUACUUGGAGAGUAUUUCAAACCUACCGUAAAUUAGUUAUCCGUAACAGCGUAAUGAGAAUGUAUAACUCAAGGAUAAAUUCGGUACGUGACGUGAAAAUUUGAUUAUGAGAAGAAAAAUUUCAACCUCUAUCGCCGACGAUAAGGAUAGUUAUCACAGCGCGAUGAAUUAUAUCAAUUUGUUCAAAUGCGUCUACAGAAAUUUGCAACGCGCAAUGUUCAGUGGGUAGAAUUUUUAUCUGUCCUCAAACCUGAGGCUCAAAGAAAAUAAUUACAAUUACUGUAGAAAACACUAUACGGAUAUCAACCGUGACGGUAUAAUUUUGUUCGCGUUUAUCGAAUUUGUCGAUAUUGUCGACGACCGCGAUGAAUAGCGAUCGAUGUAACGUGAAGAAUCUACAACGAAAUAACAAUGAAACAAAGAAUACAAUAUGUAAAAUGUUCGUGCCAGUAAGACUUACAAUAAGAGUUAAUUCAUUUUGCGUAUCAUUCGAGGGUACGUAUAAUACAUUAUAUGCAGUAUUGUAAUACAUACCUACGUCACGAUAUAGUUUUCAGAUUUAACUGUAUUAACAUUUCAAGGAUGAGUUGGAACUUUGGACGCGCCAUGUAAAAUGUAUAACGGGGCCAGGCAUGCAUGAGGAAUAAAUAAGGUAUUAUAUUCGUAGCUAAGUACCUACAUAUCUAUAUAUUAUAUACUACAUGUACAUACAAUAUCGUGUAUAAUCAAAUAUACACACGCAUAUAUAUAUACUAUAUUUGAAGACAUUAUACACACCGAUGAUAUGCAUACACA